AUGAAAUCCUCCACGUGCCUGCUGAUGUUGGGUGCCGCCGCCCUGUUUGGCGCAGUGUCCUGUGCUUCGAUCGCUUCCAAUCUGGUUGAAGCGGCCACACCCAGGAUCGCUACCAGCGAGCAGCUACUAUCGGCGAUUGUGAACGAAUGUUUCGAGCAGGAUUCGGUGCUCGGUUGCCUUAAGGGUAAAGUGCUCGUCUAUCUGGACGGUGUGCUCGGUUUAAGUGAGGAGCAAGCCCGUGCCUUCGAGGAGCAGAACGUGGACAAGGUGAUACUCGAUCGGGUAGCACGGAUUCUGGCCACCCACGAAUUUAAACUGCAGCUGCCGGACGAGGCAGUUGUUAGCUAUCGGGCCGAUAAGGGCGUGAACUUGGACGUGCUGCCAGCCGGGCUCGGUGUCGAAUCCCGUGGUCACUUACUGAAGAAGAAACUCCUGCUUCCAGUUCUGCUGCUGCUUAAGCUGAAAAUGAAAGCACUGAUGCCGAUCGUCGUCGCCCUGAUCGGACUGAAAGCCAUGAAGGCGCUGAUCCUGUCCAAGCUGGCCAUCACCCUGGUGCUCGGUUUCCUCAUUGCCCAACUGGUCAAGAAAUCCGGUCUCGGCAUGCCAAUGAUGUCAAUGAUGCCAAUGAUGCCACCGGCUGCCGAAUAUGGUGCCCCAGCUCCAGCUACCACCGAGCCACCGUCCAGCUACAACCCAUCUUCCUGGGAGCCACAGUCCGGGGGACCGUACUCCCGCGUUUGGGAACCAUCGACCUCGUCUUCCUCGCACAACCUGGCCUACAGCUCCUACUACCCAAGCUCCAGCGGAUCGUCGUAUAGUUCAACGGCGUACAACUCCGGAUCUUCCGUCUCUAGCUCUGGUUCGUCGCCGUCGUCAUCGUCAUCAUCGUCAUCAUCAUCGAGCUCCGCUCAUGCAUACUAGGGAACCAAAGUAAACCAAAAAAUAAAUAAAUUGUGCCGGGACACCACAAUCCGCGGGUAACGCAAAUGUACAGAACGGAAUGUCUUCAAACCAAAAAGCAACUUUCUCGUCGAAGACGAA